AUGGGGCCUCGGGGGCCUGGGAUACUAUUCGAGCCGCGGAAGUGGAAGAGGGAGGACAGCCCUGGCACCGUCGGUGCGGACUUUUUGACGCACUUGCGCGACCGCAGGUGCGAGAUCAGUGGCUGCAGUACCAAUUUGGGUAAAGCUGCCAAACCUGCCUUUGAGUUGCUGAGUGCAAAAGCAUUGAGUAAAAUUGGAAGUGUCCUAAGCCAACCCAUAUAUGCAGAUGCUUGCACUUCAAAUAUUGACAGAAUUUCCUAUGCAAGAAUAUUAGCGGAGGUAGAUGUUACUAAGGAGCUACCAAAGAACAUCAAAGUGAAAGACCCCAAAGGUAGAGUAAUAGUGCAAGAAGUAUGGUAUGACUGGAAGCCCAGCUAUUGUGCAAAGUGUAUGAGGAUAGGGCAUAAUUGCCAACAACAGCAGCAGGUCUACACAACACCAGACAGGAAGCAAGAACAACAACAACACAAAGCACCAGUUAAGCAAAGGACUGAAUGGAAGCCAGUUAACACAAGAGCAGGAAACCAAAGCCAACAGCACCAGGAAAUGAUUGCAAGAGCAAAUGUGCAGGGACAAGAAAAUGCUAAAGGUGAAGCAACUGAUGAACAAUGGCAGCAAGUUAAAAGCAAAUCAGCAGCUAAAGGACAAAAAAUAUUUGUUCCUGAGAAUCAAAUACAAGUGGUGAAUGGCUUUAGCAGUUUAAGAGAUACAAACCAGGAGCAAGCUAUCAAGAGGAAUACAGAAUGCAGCACAAGUAGAGGAGGGAUGGCAGACGAGCACAAGGAGCUAAAGGAGUUUGUGAAGACUAAUAAAGUAGAAAUUAUAGCUAUAUAUGAACAUAGAGUAAGUGAAGCAAAAGCUGAGAAGAUAAUUACAAAAAUAUUACCUGGAUGGAAAUGGUGCCACAAUGUAUCCAAUACUUGUAAAGGAAGAAUAUGGGUGCUGUGGAAUCCAAAUAUAGUUCAGUUCACAAUGACAGGAAGUUAUGCACAGCUGAUACAUGGGACUGUGAAGAACUUUAAAAGUAUUAUAGAAUUCCAAUUCUCUACAAUAUAUGGUCUACAUAAUAUAAAUGAUAGGAAGGAAUUAUGGGAGAUGAUAAGGAUCAUUGAGAAACAAGUUAAAGAGCCAUGGUUAUUGAUGGGAGAUUUCAACUCAAUUUUUGGAGAUGAAGACAGAAUGCAAGGCAGGGAUGUACUGGAUAGUGAAACAAAAGAUUUUAGAGAAGUGGUUGAGGAAUGCAACUUAGCUGAACUACCCACAAUAGGCAGAUCGUAUACAUGGACAAAUAGCCAUGUUUUUAGUAGGAUUGAUAGAGCCUUGGUGAAUGAUAAAUGGAUACUAAAUAUGCCUUCUCGACAAGUGCAUGUCAUGAACCCUGGUUUCUCAUAUCAUUCCCCCUUGGGUAUGGAAACAAGUGUGGAAAGUGAUAAUAAGAGAAGGCCUUUCAAGUUCUAUAACUGUAUGGUAGAUCACCCUGACUUUAGACAUAUUGUGGAAUCUAAUUGGAAAUGGAAAGCAGGGACAAUGGAAGACAUAUGGAAGAAUCUGAAGCAUGUCAAAGCAGCUCUUAAACAACUAAAUAACAAAGAGUUCAUGAAUGUUAAGCUGAAGAUAAAGAGUAUAAGAGACAAACUACAAGAAGUACAAGGCAGAAUGAAAGAUCAUAAUGCACCAUCAAGGCUAUUUGAAGUGGAGAAAGUGAUGAUUCAACAACUGAAGAAGUGGGAUAAAAUUGAGGAAGCAAUAUACAAACAGAAGUCAAGAAUACAAUGGCUACAGCUGGGGGACUCAAAUACUGCUUACUUCUUUGCAAGCAUGAAAGGAAGGAAGGCUCGGAAUCAAAUCACAAAGCUUAUUGAUAGUAAGGGUAAUACCUUAACAAACUGUCAAGAGAUUGAAAAUGAAAUUGUCAACUUUUACAAAAACCUACUGGGUUCAACAUGUGGAAACAUACCUGCCAUACACCAUGGGAAGAUAAGGAAGGGGCCAAUGUUAAGCAGGAAGCAACAGUUGGGACUCAUAGCUCUUUUUAACAAGGAGGAUGUAUAUGAAGCUCUCAAGAGUAUUGAUGAUAUGAAGGCACCUGGGGGAGAUGGGUUUAAUGCAUGUUUUUUCAAAAAGACUUGGAGUAUGAAUGGAGAUGAAAUAGCAAAGGCAGUUCUACAGUUCUUUAGCACUGGGAAAAUGUUCAAGCCAAUAAAUUGCACAGCUGUUACUCUCAUUCCCAAAGUAAAGAACCCAACUUCCAUUAAAGAAUACAGACCAAUUUCUUGUUGUACUACCUUAUACAAAAUUAUAUCCAAAAUGUUGACAGGUAGGUUGAGGAGGGUCAUGAACACACUGGUAGAUGGAAGUCAGGCAGCUUUUGUUCCUGGGAGAGGAUUGGUGGAUAAUAUACUGCUCAGUCAUGAACUAAUAAAAGGAUAUGGAAGGAAGGGAGUCUCACCUAGAUGCAUGAUCAAGAUAGACAUGCAGAAGGCAUAUGACUCAUUGGAAUGGAUCUAUUUGGAGCAGAUUUUUCCCUUACCAAAGAAGAUCAUUCAGCAGGUGGAAGCAAUAUGCAGGAAAUUCCUAUGGACUGGUGACACCAACUCAAGCAAGAAGGCUUUAGUGGCAUGGGACAAGCUGUGCAGACCUAAAACUAAAGGAGGACUAAAUGUCACAGACCUCAAUACAUGGAACCGGGCAGCUUUGUUGAAACAUCUAUGGAACAUAGGUAAGAAAAAAGAUAAGCUAUGGAUUAAAUGGGUGCAUGCAUAUUAUAUAAAAGGAAGGAAACCAUGGGAAGUUGAUGCAAAACAGGCUUCCUGGAUCAUAAGGAAGAUCUUGCAAGUAGGGAAAUACAUGACUGACGCAGGAUUGGACACUAAAAGGGCAAUGCAAGCUGAUUCAUUUACCAUUAGAGAAAUGUAUAAGCAACUAAGAGGGGAAUUCCUGAAGGUGAACUGGAGUCGAAUGUUGUGCAACAACAGAAGCAGUCCAAAAUGGAAAUUUAUCUUGUAUUUGGCAGUACAGGGGAAAUUAUACACAAAAGAUAGACUGAUAGGAUGGGGAAUGCAAGUUAGCCCAGAAUGUCCACUAAGUGAACAUGAGAUGGAAAAUCAUAGCCACAUAUUCUUUACUUGCAGCUUCUCAGAAGACAUUUGGAUAAGGUUACUGAAGUGGAUGGCAAUUAACAGAGAACCAACAAGCUGGGAUGAGGAGAUCAAAUGGGCAGCAGAACAGGUGAAAGGUAAUGGAUUCAAAACCAUGCUGUACAGACUGUGCAUGAUAGGAGCAGUGUAUCAUAUAUGA